UCCAAUAAUUCCUCUUAUAUCCUCAUAUAAAUAGUUAUUAAAUAUUCUCAUCUCGGGCCUUUAGGGCUGGUGUGGAGGGAUGUUCUGGGUUGAAGGAGGCAGAGUGACCUUCAACGGCACAGUUUGGGAGUGGGAAAAGCUUACGGGUUAGUGAUCAGAGGCUAAAAUGGCGGUCAUAGAGAGGAACGUGUUGUAGAGCUCUCAAAAAGCCUUGUCUGCAUUACACGUGUCUUUCUGAAUGUUGAAAGUUGGGUUGAUUUGAAUCAACCAUUUUGUAUGUCACGAAAUCUGAUCUAACAUAAUUUAGAUGAGACUACUCAUGACUUUCUCCGUAGACUUUCUUUCGAUCUAAAUAACACAGCAUUUGACUGAAAAUGAUAAAAUUUUAACUUGUAAUUUUACUUAGAGGGUUUUUUUCAUUGUUCGGGAAAGAUGAGCUUUUGAAAGAGGUUCGGAUUUUUUCCUCAGGUUAAAUGAGAUAAAACAUUGAAACCCUAUACAUAUUUGAAAAACAGUAACAAUUAACAGUAGCAUAAAGACUGAAAAUUGAUAGACAAUACAAAAUCCCGCCCCACCAGCCCUCUGGGUGUAUCCAAUGUGUAUCCAAUUUGUAUGGUUUAAGUUUCACUGUUCAAUUCGUUUGACCCUAGUUUGAAUCGAGUGCCUCAAGAAACUAUUGAACUUAAAUUCUCUUCUGUUUUUCCAAUUGACUGGGCUUAAGAUUGUACAAUUCUUCUCGUAAAGUUGGGAUAUUGAAUUUAUCAGUUUUCUAUUUGGCCUCUGAUCUAUACACUUAAUUCAAUGGACUCCGAUCCAAGCAUUCAAAACGGAAUAGAAAUGGACUUGGAACUUCUUAUACAGCAUAUAGAUGGUGCGUUAUCUGCCGCUGUGAUUAACAAGAGCUGCCGUAGUGACAAGGGUGAAGGUGGUACGGAAUUCUCCGAUUUUGUUCAGCCUGCUUCUUCUGCAUUUAUCGAACUAUUAGAAGGACGGAUCUCGGAGGGCUCCAAGUUAUUUUCAAAUCAGAAACCAUUUUCCUCGAGCACAUGGGCUACUGACGCAAGAACAGUGGCUGUGGAUGUUCUCAGAGGAGUGAGUAAUAUCCAUUGGAGUGCAGUUGGGCUGUUAGCAGUGGCGAUUGUCCUGGAAAGGCUCGACAAAAUUUCCUCAAACGACAGAGAAUGUGUGGAUCUUCUCCGAGGGAUGAAUGACUUGGCAAAAUGUAUUAAGCAGCUUCAGGAAAUCAAGGCUCAUUUGCACAAGGAGAUAAGAGAAAAGAUGUCUGAGGGUGUUUAUCUGAUAAUAGCUGGAGCAUUGAUGUGUACUUCUGUUAUUCGAUCUAAGAAAUUAUCAAAGUUCCUGCUGUCUACAAAGAUACGGGAAGAGCUUAAUUUUCUAAGAGGACAAGUAGAUCGUAUGUUCAGAGAUAUUAUGUUACAAGUGCAACUGAAGACACUAUUUUCUUUUAUGUCAUAUACGUCACUUCAAUCCACACCAGAAGCUCCAGGUGGGAUUUGGUUGCAGUCUGAGAAAGAUGUCGCUGAAACUUCAUCCCAGGGACAAAUUCAUAGAAAUGCAAUUUCUUUCAACUCACAGCAAACAAAUCACCACCAACCUUUUAACUGGAAUCAUGGUCACUCUUCACAAAUUGCAAGCCAUAGGAGGAAUAAUCAUUAUCAAAGGACAGGAAUAAUAUCACGCAUUGUUCGGGGAAUCAGGGGAGGCAGAAAAACAGUGGGUGAUGAAAAAUACGAGCGUUUGGUCUUGCAGAAAGGAAUGAAGGAUUUAGAUCGAGGCACAACUGUGUUCCCAUUCAAUGAAAUUCAGAUUGCAUGUCAAUAUUUUCACCCAAAUAAUAAGCUAGGAGAAGGGGGAUUUGGGUCUGUAUAUAAGGGAACUUUUGCAGAUGGUAAGCAAUUGGCCAUAAAGAGAUUAUCUGAAGAAGGAAGGAGCUUAUUUACGAAUGAAUGGGGUAUUGCUUCACGUUUACAACAUCGUAACCUUGUAAAGCUGUACGGAUUUUGCAUUGAAGGAGAGGAGAUAUUGCUUAUUUACGAAUACAUACCUAAAGGAAGCCUUCAAGACCUUUGCUUCAAUCCUUCAAAGGUCCAAGUCCUUGAUUGGAGAACCCAUUUGAAUAUAUUUGAAGGGGUAGCACGUGGGCUGGCAUAUCUCCAUGAGGAUUCUGGGAUUUGCAUAGUGCAUAGAGAUAUAGAACCCAGUAAUAUAUUACUUGACGAGAAUUUCAAUGCCAAAAUCUGCGAUUUUGGUUUGGGAACAGUCUUAGAUAAGAAUGACAUCCAUCAAAAAAUACCAGUUGCUGGAACGGAAGGCUACAUAGCUCCCGAAUGUAAGUCUGAUGGUCGAGUAACAGAUAAAGCAGAUGUUUUCAGCUUUGGUGUGGUCGUGUUACAAAUAAUGUCUGGCAAAAGACAGGUGGAAUCUAAUUUCUCCUUCCCAGACCUUGUGAAGUGGGCGUGGAAUCUUCAUGAGGAGAAUCGCCAUUUCGAUCUAGUAGACAGCAGGUUACUUUGUAGUGAAAAUUUCGACUCAAAAAUUGCAAUGAGAGUGAUACUGAUUGCCCUUCAAUGCACACAAGAAGCGAGGUUGAGACCUUCAAUGUCAAAGGUAUCAUUCUUGUUGUCAUUGUCUAGCGAAGAAGAAAUUGGCAUGCCUACACUGACAAAGCCAGAUUAUCUCUGUAACAGCUAAUUGGCCCUCUUUCUUAAUGUUAUUCUAGUCAAUUUCCUGUCACAAACCUUAGUUCUUUCCUAAGCUUUACUCAAAUUCACAUGCCAUGUGAGUAAUAUUUGGCACAUCAUCUAAACUCACUCACCAUUCAGAUCUCCUUUACAAUUAAAUUUACAAGUACAGUACAUCAAAAGUACUCUCUAUCAAUAAUUCCACAAGCAACUAAUUUAGAGAUUGCUCAUAACACUUACCUUCAUUUCAUAUUUUCUAGUUUGUAUCCAAAAUAUUCUUAGCAUCAAGAUUCUAUAUGUAUGCUACGUUACUUCGUUGGCUGGUUGCCUUUGUGUGGUCCCAGCAGCUGAGCCCUGUUAAUGUUCAGAUUUAAUGAUUAAGAAAAUGACAAUUAAUUAUUUUAA